AUGCCCGCAGUCACCUCCUGCAACAACCGACCAAGGACGUGUUUCCUUAUGAUUCCGGGGGCCCCAAGGGCCACCAUCUUUCCCGGGACGCCCAAGGAGUCGAGCACCGGGUUCGAGCUGGAACGCCAUCGUUGAGGGCAUUUUUCAAGGAGGCCGCCCGACGAGCAGCGGCUGUACAAGGAUGACCAACUUCUGGAUGACAGCAAGACCCUGGGCGAGUGUGGCUUCACCAGUCAAACAGCGAGGCCCCAGGCCCCAGCCACUGUGGGGCUGGCCUUCCGGGCAGAUGAUGCAUUUGAAGCUCUGCGCAUUGAGCCCUUCUCCAGCCCUCCAGAGCUGCCCGACGUGAUGAAGCCACAGGACUCAGGAAGCAGUGCCAAUGAACAAGCCGUGCAGUGAUUGGGCCUGGGCCCGCUCCUCCCCAGUGCCCCAUCCCCCCCCCAAUAAAAGAUUUGGGUGUCUGCCUG